AUGUCUUCCAAUCCUAGUUAUGCAAUUGAAGUCGAUCCCCAAAUUGAGUACGAGUCUGAAAACGAAUUCGCUCUUAGACAUGAAUCCACCAUUCUUGAAAUAAAGAAAAACGAUGGUGCGAAAGAAGAAGAGGAGAAAGAUUUGCGGGAUCUAAAAGUCCUAGAUCUAUUUCAAUCUCAACAUACGAGAGCUCCGCAUAUUAUCAAAGGAAAAAUAGCGUAUUUUUUUUACUCUGUUCGUGCCGUCAAAUACGUACUCACUGCCGUAUACCUUGACUGGACCAUAAUUAUAAGGCAUCCAGUAAACUUUCUACUCAUAAUUGCUUCUCUCUGGGGUUCUACCAUUUUAUUGGCCAUGGCUGGCACGCUUUUAACCUUACAAACUCUUUAUCGCAACAAUCUUUUUUAUGGCAAAAAGCGCAUAAGAUAUUUUCGUCGCAAGAACCCUUUCAACUAUAUCUUACCUUUGAUUUUUCCGGAACUUCUGCCAAUGGAUUUAAAUGGUUAUGGUCUCUCUGAAAAGGAUUAUGUAAAGUAUCAGAUCGAGUCUGGUGGAUAUGGUGAUUACAAGUGUUGUGAAAAACACGAUAAGAAGUGUCUGGAUUGGGCAAAUUGUAAUAAAUCUUAUGGUUGCACAAAAUGUGAUGACAGUAAAAAAUGUGACAAGUGCAAGGAUUACGAUGAUUAUUUCGAAAAUUUGAAGGCCGGAAUGAAAUCCCUGGAUCACGAAAAUGGAAAAGUUUUAAAUGAAAAAGAAAUCUACAACAAAAUUGAGAUCCUGCUUUUUUUUGCCAACAUGGUAUAUAGACGUAAAAAAGGUCUCCUCUCUUUAAUUCACGAAAAUAUCAACGAUCUAAAAAAGGUGCAUCAAAUAGACAGUAAAGAGUCCAGGAAUAAGGUCUUUAAAAUAGUUAACAACCGUAUUAAAGAUAUAAAAGAAAUCGUUGAGGAAUUUCGGAAACUUGAAAAACCAUUAAAUUUAUUUGAAUCAGAGAAAAUAGAACCAGGAGUCGAACCGAAGCAAGAGGAUGAAUUUAAGGAAUACUUUGAGAAGAAGAUAAACGAAGGACGCAUCCGAUUAUUCUUUUUAUCUUUGUUUCUGAAUUUAUCCACCUAUCGAUGCUUCCCGGACUGGAUUACCGAGUCCUUUAUCAGAAAAUUUUUCGGUGAAAUCGAUGAAAGCGAAGGCGAAAACACUUACGAGGGAAUCAUGGAAAGCAUCAAAGACAUCAUAGAAUAUAAUGAACGCGACAUCAACUUGGAACUUAAAAAUAGAAUUGGUUCGGAUCUUAAAUUUACUUCCAUCUCGGAACUAAACACCGAAGAUGGUGGCUCCUUCUGUGGGAUGUUUUAUAGCGAAGAGAAAAACUUUAUUGUCGUAUCUUUCAAGGGAACAAGUCCAAGUAAUUUCGGAGAGUGGAUAGGCAACCUUACAUUUCAGUGUGUGGAUGCUCGGGGUUUCCUUUACGGACAAAUUCACCGUGGAUUCUACAAUUACCUUUUCCCAUUGGAUGCAAAGAGAGCCGUAAGGUGCUCUCAAAGUUAUCCUUCGAGCAGAAUCAUCAAGGCAAUCCGGAGGAAAGCAAAGGAUAUUAGGAUUAAUAAAUUUUGCGAAAAAUUUAUGCCUGAAUUUAAGAAGGUAUUUAAACACAAGGCUAAUGAAUUAAGCGAAGGAAAAUUCUUUGUUCCUGAAGAUGAAGGCUUUGAUAAAAUUUUCCACGAUAACUUCAAUAAAUUCAUCGAGUGUUACAUGAAUAUUCUUGAAGAGAAAAAAGACGAUGAUCACAAGAAUAAGGAAAACUUUGUGAAAGAUUUCAAUGAAAAUUUCAAAGAAUUCAUCAGGCGUUGCGCAGAAGCCCAAGAGAUACCUGAAUCAUCUCAUGAUCAAUUAAUUCACAAUCUAUGUUCAAUGAAUAUGUCAGAACAUAUUUUUGAUGAGUUCACUAGCGCCUUGAAAAAAACACCCAAAGUAAAUUUAUGGAUAACUGGUCAUUCACUCGGAGGUGGCUUGGCAACGUUGUUCUACGCACGUUUGUUAAAGGUGAAAUUGGGUAAAUUAAAAGUCGACUGCGAAUUACGAGAUACAGUAACUUUUGCAAGUCCUGCUGUCGGGGAUAUUCAUUUUGCUGCAGGGCUCACUUCUCUGAAAAACGACCCGGCUAAUGAAGGUCGACCGCUGUGGCGUGUUGUCUUAAAAAGGGAUAUUGUGCCGAAGUUACCAUAUCGAGCUUGUAGCAAAGGGCUAAGGAAAUAUGGUUUUCAUUAUAAUGUGUUGAUGAAUUAUGUUCAGGCUGGAGAUAAAAUUGUAUUCAAAGGAGAAUCGACGUUUACUAGUUGUACAUUGGGUAAUAAUGUUACUAAAGAACCAUAUUCUGAACGAGAAUUAUUUAAACCCACAGAUGGAGUCAAAACCAUAGUAAAAACUAGUAUUGUUAGAUGGUGGACUCCAACACAUGGCUGGUAG